AUGCUAUUGGUGAUUGUUGGUCUUUUGACUCUUCUCUCCCUCGCCUGGGAUAGUGCACUCUCCUUUCUCGUGGAACAACAGGAUCCAAGCAUAUUUUCCGGUCAUCAUCCUUCUUCUUUCUCGAGCUGGUUUACACACGGCGUAAACCCAGUCCCCUGUCACUCUCAUAACGACUAUUGGCGCCGUAUCCCCUUAUACUCAGCUGUGGCGGCAGGAUGUACCAGUGUCGAGGCCGAUGUCUGGUUAGAUGGUAAUGAACUGCGAGUCGGUCAUUCGCGAAAGACAGUAUUGCAAAGCCAGUCGCUACGAAGCCUCUAUCUUCAUCCACUCCUAGAGAUGCUUGAGUACAAUAACCCAUCGCCGGCCAAUCUAUCAAAAUCUGGUGUUUAUGAAAGGCGUGCCGAGGGCAGUAACAACGAUCCUGUCGGGAUAUUCGUCAAUGACCCAUCACAAACGUUGGUUCUUCUCAUUGAUUUCAAAAAAGAUCCAGAACAGAUCUGGUCUUUACUUGUUCGACAAUUGGCUCCACUGCGCAACAGAGGAUAUCUCACACACUUUGAUGGCUCUGAAAUGAUCCAUCGCCCUGUCACUAUCGUCGCUACGGGUGAUGCACCCUUCCACCGUAUCUUGGAAUCCGCUCCAAUACGCGAUAUCUUCUUCGAUGCCCCAUUGAAUAGCAUCAUUCAUACCCCUGACCUCUCGAAAAAGGCAUCUGAUUAUACCCAGAGAGAAAAUGAUAGCUUGAUGAUCAGUGCAGAGAAUAGUUAUUAUGCCUCUGGUGAUUUUCACAAAAUUGUCGGCUCCCUUGCGCUCGGUAGACUUACGCAGGAUCAGCUUGCCAGGUUACAAGAGCAGGUUAAGGCAGCACAUGCACGGGGUUUAAAGAUUCGCUACUGGGGAACGCCAACGUGGCCUGUUGGUUUGAGGAAUCAUAUUUGGCGCGUCCUGAUUCGGGAGAAUGUGGAUGUCCUCAAUGUCGAUGACCUUUACGGUGCAACGAGGCAGGAUUGGCAAUCUCGAGGUUGGUGGAUUGAUCUUUGA